GGCUACUGUGACCCGAUGUCUGGCCCGCCGGUUAUGCACGGAACGCGCGCCGCUAUCUUUCCUCGUUGAUUCACGUUGUCGCUGUCACAGUAACACCUGCCAACUUCCUUUUUCAACGCCGCCACCCAACCCUAAUCGGUAACAACGCUCGUAAACAGAUCCCUCUCACGCGCCUGCCCUCUCAGAAGAACGCUUGAGAUAGUGGAGCGGGUGCGCGCAGAGUUAUCUAUCACUGCCUUCCGGACAGUCCUGAGAAUCUUCACGUGCUGGACCUCAUCUGAUAAACCCUACAAGGACGUGCCUUUCUCUUUAUUGGAAGGUAUUUAAGGAGCAAACGACUGAGAUGUAUCUCUUAAAAAUAUAUAUUUUGCUAACAUAUAAUUGUUAAAUGAAACGAAGACGCGCCUGGACUUCCACCUGCGUUCUUUGACGGGGAAAUAACGGAUUAAUGGGGAAAAGUUCAGCUGGAAUUCUAGGAUGACAUCUUGACAUUUCAGGCUAAACAAACAAACAAAAAAGCUGGAGUCAACCUGUUCUUUCUCCAAACUACUACAAGUGCAACUGAAGAUCGGGAAAGACUCACCACAAAUAGAUGUAUGAACUGAAGAACUUCGUGUGGGAUGCAUUUCCAUCUGUGUUGAGGCUGUUAAACCAUAGAGUCUCCUAGGAUAGAAGGAAUGGAUUGAUAUUCUGGAGCAACUUGGCAUUUCUGACUGGCCAUCGGCCAUCUUGGUUUGGAGACAAAAAAAAUCCACAUACAAAGUGCAACGCAUGCUUUUUUCACAAAGCUUCUGAUGUAAAAAGCAGCAGAUGAACAGCAAGGAAGCUGAACAAGAAAUCCACCUGCAUCUGUUAUGUCAGCUAACUGCUAAAACUACCAACAGCCCUGAAUCAACCCUGUCCCAAGAUGAACAAACCCUUUCCACUUAUUUGAAUAAAUGUGAUUAACCGAACCCUGAAAAAAGCUUGAUCUCACAGUGGAAGCAGAUUGUCUCUGACACAAAGAGAUGAAACGAGAACGUUUUAAGCCCCCGCAACCAGAUGACCCUCUGUGCUGCUGUGGAGACAUCGACCAGCAAAGAGAGUACUGCUGCUGUGACUGUGAAGAACUUGAUGAUGCCUGUGAAAGGUUACUCAGAGGAGAGCCAGACAAGCCAGACAUCAUCUCUCGUUUCAUCUCUCGUAUGGCUGAUCGUUUGGGUUUGCCAAGUUGUGCCAUAGGACCCCUUCGAUUGGAGCUCUCUGUUUUACCUCCCAUGGUAUUAAUUCCUGGUCUGUUGCGAGUAGCGGCAAUUAAUUGUAUGUUGGGAUUUGUAGUCUUAACUGCCUUACCGGGACUGGUGCUUUGGUAUUACUAUGUGACUCACAAAAGGAAAAGACGCACAUUGUUUUUCCUUAGUUUGGCACUUUUCUCCCUUGCCUAUAUGUACUACCUUUUCCUUACUGAGAUCGUUCCCAGAGGAGACGUAAGUAAUCUGCAGCUGGUUACUGCGACGACAGGCAUGAUGUUGACGCUUAUCUCCCUUGUGCGCACCAAGCAGGGACCAGGCGUUGUCAAAUCCCAAUCAUUAGCUCUGGGAAUCAACAGUAGCUCUACAACCAAUCAGAGCACAAACUUACCCAGAGACUCCACCCCCUGCAAUGGAAUCAGCCAGUCAAUGGGGGAGAAGGAAGGAAAGAAGAAGUUAUGCCCUGUGUGCCAACUGGUGCGCCCACCAAGGGCUGGACACUGCAGGAUCUGUGGGGCAUGUGUCCUUCGAAUGGACCACCACUGUGUUUGGAUAAACAGCUGUGUAGGCCAAGCCAAUCACAGGCAGUUCAUUUUGACGCUCCUUCUCUUCCUGCUGACAUCCUUCUACGGGAUCAGUUUGGUGUUAUGGAGUAUAUGUCCACGACAGAGUCUAUUCACAGCUAUGUUAUACUGUCCCGGAGUCUACAGCCAAUACAGUGCAGAUCUCAAUCCAGUUGAACAUCUGUGGACCAAUAAGUUCGAUCCAUGGCGGCUCCACCUCGCAACCUACAGGACUUGAAGGAUCUGCUGCUAACAUCUUGGUGCCAGAUACCACAAGUCAUCUUCAGGAGUCUUGUAGAGUGCAUGCCUCGACAGCUCAGCACUGUUUUGACAGCACACGGAAGACCAACAGCAUUUUAGGCAGGUGGUCGUAAUGUUUUGGCUCAUUGGUGUAUAUGGGCAUACUGAAUUAGGUUCAGUGGUUUGCAGUCACAGUAGCAUUUUUAUGAAAUGAAACUGCCUGGUUGCACAUAAUGAAACUUUGCCCAUAAAGGCUGUAACUUUAUAGCAUAAAUAAUCAAACUGUAUGAAUGCAACAUGCUGCAAUGAUCAAACAUAAGUAGGUAACUUUGUAAUCUUAGUAGCAAAUAAUGACAAGUGUAAGAAAUAUUAGUAGUAUACAAGUUUUAUCUGAUGAUCAAAGCCCAGAAAAUAAAUGUCACAACCUGAAAUAUCCCUGCAUUAUUGCAAUUAAGAAAUGUAUUAGUGAUUAUUAUAUAUUUAUAGAUAUUUAUAAAUAUUAUAUUUAAAAUAUUAUAAUAGAUCACCAAAAAAUUAAAGUUCUUUCAUCAAUCACUCACCCUCAUACUGUUUCAAGUUCUCUUGAUAUUUUAUAGGACAGGAUAUUGAAUAGAGACACAACUUUUUAAAGUGGGGCAUCUAUUGAAACCUUAAAGGGAUAGUUCACCCAAAAAUGAAAAUUCUGUCAUCCUUUACUCCCCCUCAAGUUGUUCCAAACCUGAUUGACUUUCUUUUUUUAAUUAAUUAUAUGUUUCUUUGUUUGUUUAUUUGGGUGAAACACAAAAGAGGAUACUUUGAAAAAUGUCUGUGGUGUUUGUCCAUACAAUGGUGACCAAUGUCCAAUAUACUCACUCUCAUGUUGUUCCAAACCAACUGAUUUUUCCCAUACAGUGAAAGUAGAUGGGGCCCAAUGGUUUUUUUUGGACCCCACUGACUUUCUUUUGUCUUUCACAGAAGAAGUCAGAGAGAUUCAAAUCAACAUUAGACACCAUCAUAUGA